AUGUCGUAUUUUAAACAGGGCUGGAUGGCAAACUUUAAAAAACGAAAUAAUAUUAAAGAAUAUUAUAAAUUGGGAGAAGCUGCAAGUGCACCGAUUCAUCAAUUACCUGAAUUUCGAACUGAGCUCCAAUCUGUCCUUUCGCA